AUGGCAAAGUUUUGGUGGCAAAAGUCCGAAACGAAAAGAGGCAUUCACUGGUGCACGUGGGAAGCCCUUUGUCAGCAUAAGGAGGAUGGGGGUCUCAGAUUCCGGGAUAUGGCGAAGUUUAACGUUGCUUUACUUGCAAAGCAAAGCAGGGGGUGGUUAUUAACUAAUUCUACUUCGCUGGUUGGACGUGUUUUAAGAGCAAAAUAUUAUUCUUCAGGAGAUUUUCUCAGUUCGGCUCUUGGUUCUUCCCCAUCAUAUAUAUGGCGAAGUAUUUGGAGUGUAAAGGGUUUGCUUCAAAAAGGCGCCUCACAGGGUGCUUUCCUCCCUUGUGCAUUCGAUAAAUAUGGUGGUCGAUCUAAUUGA